AUGCAGCCACGGCCGCAUCUCCCCGGGCCGUCACAAGCCUUUGCCGAGAAAAAGACCAAGAUCCUGGACCAACUCGCCGUGCCGGAAGCCGAAUACACGGACCUGUCGCCCAAGGGAAGCGUCGACAGGGGCAUCCGCCACCUCAUCGACGAGAUCAACAGUGCAGACGGCUUCGUAACGACCAGCAGCUGCGCAGGCAGAGUCAGCGUCUUCCUACAAGGCAGAAAGGCGACACCAUGCGCAGACGCAGACGCAGAUGAGCAGCCCCCGGCACAGGUAGCCGGCGUCGGGGGCAAGGGCGCCGGCGGAACGUGGCUGUAUGUCUCGCACGAUCCGGUCAAGGGCCAAGACUGGCUGCAGAGCCUGGAGUUUGAGGACGGAGAGGCCCAGCGCACAGGGAGGUUGAUUCACUUCAAGUUUGAACCCAUGAUCCUCCAUGUUCUUACGGCUUCGCUUGCCCACGCGCAGCUUCUCCUGCGAUCUGCGCUGCAGGCUGGCUUUAGGGAAUCAGGCGCGGUGAAUCUGACGGCGGAUUCGCAAAGCGCCGCGCCGAUAGUGGCUGUUCGGUCCAUGGGGCUUGGGUUUGAAUCUCUGGUCGGGCAUGAGUUUGAGGGGAAGCGGUACGCGCUCGUGUCCGGCUCGUAUCUGCGGGCGUUGAUGGAUAUUGGGAACGAGCGGUUCUCCGAGAAUACGAAGCGCAUCGAGAGGUUCCGCGGCGCGUUCAAGGAGAAUCUGGCCAGGAUGGGCUCUGACGGGCGUCGGUGGGAGGAUCCUGCGGCGAGGAAGGAGAGGAUGCGAGCCGAAGGGCUGCGGAGGAAGGCUAUGGCGGCGGAGGUUGUAGCUGAGGAGAAUGGCGCGAGGGAGAGUGUCGACGAAGUGUAUGAAGGGGUUGCAUUAGACUUUGGUUUAGCGUAG